AUGGAGGAUCAACAAUAUCAACCCAUUGAAGAACAACAAGCACAAGCUUCAGUUUCUACACUAGCAAAUAAUGUAGAUCAUGUGGAUGUGGAUGUGGAUGAGUACUUUGCUUCUCUCCCACCUGGUUACUGUUUUAAUCCUAAUGAUGCAGUGCUCAUUGUUAACUACUUGAAGAGAAAGAUCAACCAUCAAACACUGCCAAUCAACAAGAUUCAUGAUGUUCAUCUUUACAAAUUUAAUCCUCUAUAUCUUUCAGAAAAUUACAAGCCAUAUGAAGAGAAGGAAUGGUAUUUCUUUACACCAAGAGAUCGAAAGUAUAAGAAUGGGAAGCGGCCAAAUCGAGCUGCAGGUGAUGGAUACUGGAAGGUUACCGGUACUAAUAAGACUUUAGAUGAUUGUGUUUUGUGUAAGAUUUACAAGAAUGUACACAGAUCAAGGAGCAUAAGAAACCGAUAUCCUGAUGAUGAGGAAGUUGUUCCAGCUGAACAUUAUUAUAAUGAACAUCUACUGCUGAAAACUCUGCAAUGUUGCCAUCUCUAG